UUUCGAGUCCAGGGCAAUUUUGCAUCUGUGGAAUUGCUCUCUUGAAUGUCUCUGCGCAAAUUAUCAGAGAAAGUGUCCCAAUUGGAUGCCUUCCCUAAGGUGGAAGAGGAUAACAAGCACAGAUCUGGUCAAGGAGGCUUAUUGACCUUGGUUCUGGCUGUUGUACUGACAUUGUUGACCUUCAGCGAGAUUGCAGACUACCGUCAUUUGAACACAUCAUUUGAAUUUCUGGUGGACCAUCAAGUAGCGAGGAAGGUCCAGAUUAACUUGGACAUGGUGAUCGCUAUGCCCUGCCCCGGUGAACGCCUACAUCUUACCAAUAACUUCAAAAACAUUCCAGCACAAUUUGAAGUGGCAAAUGCUCGUCUUUAUGGACAGGCUCAGGAUCCUACACAUAUCCACCAGAUUAUCAAAGCGGCUAAAGGACAAAAGGUGGAUGAUGCUGUUGCACGUGAUAUGGGUGCCUGUCGGGUAUUGGGAUCCUUCGAAGCCAACAAAGUUGCUGCCAAUCUUCACAUCACUGCUCAAGGACAUGGCUAUCAAACCGGCGCACACACUGAUCAUCAAGUCUUAAAUUUCACACAUCGAAUCAAUGAGUUCUCUUUUGGUAAAUUAUACCCCAAUCUCAUCAACCCUCUUGAUGAUAGCAUUGAGACGACGGAUUCACAUUUCCACUCCUUUCAAUACUUUAUGUCAGUGGUGCCUACCACGUACAUUGAUAACUCUCACAAUGUUCUCGAAACAUAUCAGUACGCUGUUACAGACUCUAGCAAAUCAUUCACGGAAAUGGAAGCUCUCUACAAUGUUCCGGGAAUAUUUUUCAAAUAUGAUUUUGAGCCUAUAUCUGUUCGCAUCACCGAAAAGAGACAAUCCUUCUCGCAUUUCCUGGUUCGCCUCAGUGGUAUUAUCGGAGGAGCCGUUGUAUGUGUUGGCUUUGCAUACCGCGUCAUCCGGUUUGUUUUAACUGGAGGUAAAGAAAAUCCAGACAUGUAUGCUGGCGUUCACAAUCUGAUGAAGAGCGUGUAGAGCAAAGUAGAUAUAAAAUAGGACCCAGUGUAUGGACAGCUGUAAGAGCCCUUGGUCGUGAAUUAGCAAAAACAAAUAAAAAAAAAUCCAUCAAUUUCCGUUCAAAUA